AUGCUGGACGUGGGCCGGAUGACCUUUCUUCAGCAGUUGCAGCAUCAAGGCAGCUACGCAAACCUGGGCUUCGCUCUUUGCCUCCGUGGCGCCCACGGAGUCAGCGCUCUCUCGCUGGGGGAAGUGGACGAUCUUAUUCAGGCUGCUGAAAAGCAAGCAGGCGCCCAAGGAUUGACACUCAAGGUCCAAGGACUUGAAACAGUGAGCCAACUCCGCGCAGGAUACCCUGGGGUCGACUUGUUCUGGAUGGUUCCAAUGGACCUUCGUGUGAAGGGACCGGUGGUGGAAGCGCCAUCUAACAUCCAGUUGGAAUUAACUGGAUUUGGAAUGCUCGACAGCGGCACGUCCUUGCUGCUGCUCUCCGAAAAGCCUCUUAUGCAGACGUUGGCGGCACUAACAUAUCGCACCAAUGCCAUGGAGCAAAUCAGAGACAAUGGAGGCUGUGGCGUCGGGACAUCCGAAUGCUUCCUGGAUUGCAGGACAACGAAGUUGAAUCCUCUGACCACCCACUUUACCUCCGAAGGGAGGGAGCUCGAGGUGGUCUUGGAAAGCAGUGACCUUCUUGUUCCUGUGCACCAGGCUAAGGACGGAACGGUUCUUUGUCAGAUAGGCCUCGGGCUUUUGACCAAUGAGCAGACGCCACUCCCGAUGAUGGUGUUGGGAGAUGUCUUCCUCCGUAAGGUCCACGUUAUCCACGAUAUGGCUGGCCCAGCUGUGACGUUGGUUCCUGAUGUGACUGAUCGAGCUGAAGUUGUCCACUUCGUUGAGAGCCACGAGGGACAUGCCGAAGCUGCAAGUUUCGACGAGGGUCGUGGUGCCCUACAAAUUGCUCUUACUCUGCCAUCCCUUACAUUGCUGGAAGCUCUGCUUUUGCUGGGCGGCUGCUUGUUGGGAUACCUGGCUUUCGCGAGCCGGGUCUG